AUGUGGACUGCAGGAGAAUUAUCGGUGGAGAUAAACUCUCGGCUAAAAAAGCUAAACAAUGGAAGUACAACUCCGCACACGCUGAGUUGGAAAUAUCCAAAGCUAAAAACAACAGAUGUUUCGGUAGAGGAAUUGAAAUAUCCACUUGCUUAUGGUGCAAUUGUUUACAAAAAUUUCAUACAGGUCAUGUUCAUGUUGAGCGCCUUCUAUAGGCCUCAUAACGAAUACUGUAUUGCUGUAAGUGGCUCAGCCGAAAAAUCGUUCAAAAUCGCCAUGGAUGAGGUGGCCAGCUGUUUCGACAACGUCCACGUGUUGCAUCGACCACAUAUUGAAUGGGGAUCGUUUGAGAUAAUCAACUCUACAUGGGUUUGCGUCGGAGUUCUGGCUCGUAGCAAGACAAACUGGAUGUAUUAUCAGCAACUUUCUGGUGUAGACGUUCCGCUUAAGACGAACCUAGAAAUGGUAAAGAUACUCAAACAGUUGAAUAAUACUGUAAACAGCGAGUUUUUGGCUUUUCAAACGGAUCGCCUCAAGGGAAAAAAGGCAGAAAAAGGCUUGCAACUGUUACAUUUUCUCAAUGAUACGUACAUCCCAGAUGAGGCGUUUUGGGCAACGCUCACCGGCAACGAAAAGAGCAAACUCGUGACCGCUUCGUGUGUUUUCGGGGUAGAUGAUCUGGCCAAUAUAUUGAAGCAACCUCAUCUGAUUGCUCACAAGAUGUACCUCGACUUUCAACCUGCAGCAUUCUUUUGUGUUUUGAAAGAAAUCCGCGAAAGAGAAAAGAAGCCAAAACCGCUCAAUCUUACUCUAUACGCCGAGUUGCCGCAAGUUGAAUUGAGCUCUGGAGUGCCUUACGAGAAACUGAAGCAUCCUCUUUGGAUGAUUUGGUAGAGUUUAUCAAUAGAAUCCAGUAUUAUUGUUGAUUUGAAAAUUUCUCUAGUCUCAAAUUAACCAUGUUUGUUAUCCGCGGUCUUAUAACGGGUGAAAACAUACUUCGCUAUUGUUAAUUUUCCAAAGAUGUUCUUUGAGAAUUGAGAAAUGAUUACUGAUCCAAAUGUAAAC